GCUCUUGUUCAAGACCCACCCUCUCUCUUCCGGAACUCGCAGCGUGACCGACGUUUCGUGUCUGUAAAGGACUUAAAAAUGCGUUACGUGGCCGCUUACCUUCUGGCUGUCCUCGGUGGCAACACCAACCCCUCAUCUAAGGACAUCAAGAACAUUCUCGGGAGUGUGGGAAUAGAGGCUGAUGACGAACGCCUCAACAAAGUCAUCAGUGAACUCAAUGGCAAAGACAUUAAUGAAGUUAUGAAUGCAGGCCUCUCUAAAUUAGCCUCCGUACCAGCGGGUGGCGCAGUGGCAGCAGCUCCUGCCGCUGGUGGGACAGGGGCUGCGGCAGCCACAGACGCACCUGCAGCGGAAGAGAAAAAAGAAGAGAAGAAAGAAGAAUCUGAGGAGUCAGAUGAGGAUAUGGGCUUUGGUCUCUUUGACUAAUCUUCCUUUUCUGAAUAAAAAUAUAAUAAAAAUGGAAAAGGAUGUUGAAACCUG